UUUUUAUUCUAUAACAAAAUUGCAAAAAAUAACUGAAGUGUCUUGGGGUGUUUUGUUUACGUGAUCGAUCAUUAGAUGUUCUGCCAGGGUUCGGUGAUAUGAGUUGUUACAGCAGUUUCGAGGAGCGAUCGUAUGAGUUUGAUGAUGAUUGUGAAACGUCUUCGGAUAGUGGAUUCGAGAAGAGCUAUGAAUCUAUGCAGCUUUAUACACCGACUAAGAGUUGCGAUGAAGAACGCAAGCGUAAAAUAUUUGAGACGGAAAUUUCCGAACACGCCUUUUCGCAAAUGUCCAAUGCUGUGACAUCUACACCAACAAAAUCAGGUGCUGAUGGAGAGAAGAAAAAAAGGAAAUACCCAACGGGAAGGACUCGUACUCCGAGAGCAAGAAGUCCUUCACACAUUUUGCGCUUGAAGAGAAACCGAAGAAUGAAAGCAAAUGACCGGGAAAGGAAUCGUAUGCACACGCUGAAUGAAGCUUUGGAAAAACUACGUUUAGCUUUGCCGACUUUUCCGGAGGAUACAAAACUAACCAAAAUUGAAACUUUAAGAUUCGCGCACAACUACAUAUUUGCCUUGAGCCAAUCUCUGGAAUGUGAAGGUGUGAUAGUGGACAUGGAAAAACUUCAAAACUUUUCUUUGAGUGGUGAAAAAAUCACAAAAGAGUUGUUCCAUUUAUUCUUAAGGCACGAACCAGACUCAUACGGAAGGUACAACCAUCAACCUAUGUACCCUAACCAGCAUAUGCCCGUUAUGAGCAAUUACGAAGAUCCAAGAUACUCCUGGAAUAUGAUAGGAAACACAGAUAAAACAUCCUCAUGUGCAUACAAUCAAGGAGUUAGUCACAUCCCUCAAGAACAAAGUUUAAACUACAGAAAUCCAGAAUUUCAACAGAAUUACAAUUUAUUUAGAAAUGCUUUUGAAACAGCAAGAAACAGUGGUCAAACAACGCAAAGUGUCGUGCCGUACCAACCACAACAAAACAUAAGUUUCGAUGAAUCCAGUUUACAUCAAGAUAGCAGUUUUUACCAAAAUAGUCCACCAGUUAUAAAUCACCAUAGUUCAGAAGCUUACGGCUUACACACGGGGUUAUUCUGA